CCCAAACCAAAAAAAAGCCGUGCUGAUAACCAAGGCGAUAGCGCGAUGAGUCAGCCCCGUCGGUUCGGCUAACCCGUAUCACGUGAGAUAGGGCUUCCGCUUCCCACAAACCCUCUAACUGGACUCCACUGGCAAGUCCGCACAUCAACCUCCAACACCAACCCCCCAACCCGACAACCACCUACACCAUCUUCGUCACCAUGUCGGACGGCCAGACGAAGCAGUUUGGAAAGGGCCAGCGGCUCGUGCCCGCCCAGAAGGCUCAGAAGUGGUACCCCGUGGACGACGAGUCGCAGCCUAAGAAGGUUCGCAAGUCGAUCCGCCCCGCUAAGGUCCGCGAGACCCUCCAGCCCGGUACCAUCCUGAUCCUCCUCGCUGGCCGCUUCCGUGGCAAGCGUGUCGUCCUCCUCAAGCACCUCGACCAGGGUGUUCUCCUCGUCACCGGCCCCUUCAAGAUCAACGGCGUUCCCCUCCGCCGUGUCAACGCUCGCUACGUUAUCGCCACCUCCAAGCGUAUUGACAUUGCCGGUGUGGACGCCAAGACCCUCGAGAAGGUCUCUACUCCCGACUACUUCACCAAGGAGAAGAAGGCUGAGAAGAAGUCCGAGGAGGCUUUCUUCAAGCAGGGCGAGAAGCCCGAGAAGAAGAAGGUUGCCUCCGCCCGUGCCGCUGACCAGAAGGCCGUCGACCAGUCCAUCCUCAGCAGCGUCAAGAAGGAGGAGUUCCUUAGCAGCUACCUCGCCACUACUUUCAGCCUCCGGAACGGUGACAAGCCCCACGAGAUGAAGUGGUAAAAAAGUGCGAUGCGGCGGCCGCGGGUUCGGUAGAUAGUUGGGGAGGACUCAUCUUUCAAGACGAGGGGCGGCUCGAUUGCACGUCGGCAACCCUUUCGCGUGGCGGGAGGGGAAAAGGUUUCAUGAAUCAUGUAAAUCCUACAAACGGAUUCCGUCUACAUGCUAAAAAAAGAUUAAAAAAUACCUCGCUCCAGCCGUCCGGCUGGGAAUUUCUCUUUCAUGUUCAGUAUGACAUAUACACACCUCCCAUUUCCAGGUUCAGGCGGCAAAUCCAAAAAAUUGGGUCUUUUUCAUAGAUUGUUCUGCG